AUUACUAAUAGCUAAAAUCACAACUUAUUUUAGAGACUUUUAUUUUAUUCGUGCCGUUACUCCAGGAAGCCGGAAGUUGUUCUUGUGGCGCGUUACUCUGAACAGAUAGUGGGCCGGUAAAUUAAAUACAGUUAUUCCAGUUAAAGCGGGAUGUCCCUGAACUCCAUCCAGCCCCAGCUGUCCUCUCUGAGGACAUGUCAGACGGACAUCAGCACAGGGAUGGACAUCGUGUCUGAAGUCGCCCUGGACCUGAUCGAAGCUCAAGCUACUGAUGACGGUCCUGGUCUGAAGAAACUGGAGCAGAUGAUGUUGGAAUGUGCCAAACUGGAUCAAGAGAUCAACUGCUACGUGGAAUCUGUUGAGCAAAUGAUCGCCCAGGUGAGACAUGAGCCUCCACACGCCAUGUUCAAGCUGAAAGACUCGGUAAAGGAGCGAUUCGCUGAACUCACAGCUGCAGUGUCGGAUGCUGAGAUCGAAAGCCACUGUAAAGUGGUAGCCUUCAGGGACAGCAUCAGGAAAUCUCUGCAACAAGCAAAUCAGAAGGCAGUUGGCAGUGUGGAGGAGGAGCUGGAUGAAGACAUUGCUGUGACACAGAGCCAACCGAACUUCACAUGCCCUGUUUCCCAGGUUGAAAUGGUCAAUCCAGUGAAAAAUAAGAAGUGCCAGCAUUACUACGAUCAAGAAGCCAUUUUGUCCCUUAUUACGACGAAGCAAAACAAUAAGAAGAAAUGCCGAUGUCCUGUGGUUGGCUGCGGGAACACAGACAUCAAGCCUACGGAUUUGGAACUAGACCUGGUGAUGAGGAGAAUGAUACAAACCCAUAAGAGGCAGGGUGGCAAGAGCUGAGAUCAUCUCUCUCUCUCUCUCUCUCUCUCUCUCUCUCUCUCUCUCUCUAUAUAUACACAUUUGAUACUUCACUCAUUGAGCAAAUGCUUAAAAUGUAAAUCAAUUUGGUUAUAGUACAUUUGUAUAUUUUUUUGUUAGCAUUUAUAAUAAAUAAAAUAUUAAACACGUA